UUCCUCAUUGCAGUUGGCGCGAGAAAAGCAAACAGCUGAGCGAUGGGGAAGCUGAAGGGAAAAGUAUCUCCAAAUAAGAGUCAGAAGAAAAUCUCCUCCUUCUUUUCUGCCCCGAGCCUCUUUACAACAGUGCAGUAUGGUUCCUCAAGUGCAGGUGCCAGAAGCAAACUGGGUGGUAUUGGCAGCAGUAAAGAAAAGAACAGUUCACUCACAGCCAAAAGUAACGGGGGAACAACAGCUUUUGGGAAUUCUGCCCGUCCAUCAGCUUUUGGGAAGGGAAAGAAAAAAGAUUUGGGAGAUGAAAUUUCUGAUUCGAGUGAGGUGUGGAGUGACUCAGACCCUGAAGUGAUAGAAUCUACCCCAGAGGCAAAGAAAACCAGUACUGGUCUCCUUAAGUCUUCAAAAAUAAGUGCAAGUCCAGAUUUCAUUCCAUCAACUCCUCAACUUGAUACUACUAAGUUGUCUGAUACAAAGUCUUUUUGUUCUGGGCUGUCAGGGAAGUUGUCAUCCACACUGAGCAGCUCUUCACACACAGCCACAAAGUCUUCCACAUUGUCAGUCCCAAAUGUAAUCCGACCAACUAGUGUAGCUAUGAAAAACAAGUCAAAGUUGAGUAGAUUAUCAAGAAAGAUUCAUGAGAUGAAGAGUAAUUCUGUAAACAAAACUAAACAACAAAUCCUAAAGGACAGUAAUAGCCUAACAGAUGAGAUUGCGGGUAAAUUGAAGAGACCAGCAGCAACAGGGAUGGGCAUAUCACCAGACCCCAAAAGAACCAAUGCCCCAGAUCUUGUCAUUUCACAAGAAAAAGCAGAUUGCAAGUCAAAUCUUCUUUCUAAGUUUGAUGACCAAAACUCCUUUACAAGUGAUGCAGAGAGUGAUGGAAGUUUCAGUAUUCUGUUGCCAGAUUGCAAAAAAGAAAAUAAAGAGAAUGUUUUGAACAACACAGAGUCUGCAACUGAUGAUGUUUUAAGAAAUGAGAUAGGUAAUGGAGACUUGAAUUCUUUAAUAAAAGAAGACAUUUGUAAAUCACCAGUAAAAAGUGAGAAAAAGACUAACAUUGAAGCUGCAUGUGAUGUAGAUGUUCUUGACCAAAAAGACAUGUCAGAGGUCUUGGAAGCUUCUCAAGGUUUUGUGGCUGACAUCACAUUUGAUGAUGUAGAACCCCCCAAAAAGCAAGAGCCUACAGUGAUACCUGAAACACAGGAGGAUUCUAUGGACCUUUUAUUUGAUGAUGAUUUAGCUUUUGAUUUUGAGAAAAUGUCACCUUUCAAGCAGGAAGUUCAGCAAGUGCCGCAAGUUGAAAAUAAAGCAAUAAAGAAGCUGUUAUUUGAGGGGUUGGGUGAGGAGUCAUUUUCAACGAAGGGGGGCUUUGGACGCCAUGUUGUGAGUGCUGUUGAGCGCAAUGCUUAUAAAGGGGAGGUGCUACUAAGACUUAUAUCAGUACAGGAUAAGAGCAACAAGACAUGCACCCUUGGUGGGUUCUGGUCACAAAGUAAGGUUUCAGAAGGAGAUAUUGUUCACAUUCUAUAUACAGAGGCAUCAGAGGAUGGACACUUCACAGUGAACAAUACUCAGGGUCUCAUUGUGAUCAACCCAGACUUCCUUAUCUCUGGAACUUCUGUUGUGUCUGGUGUCUUCUGUCGCCGGAAAGCAGUUUUGAAUGAACGUUUCAGAGGUCUAGAUCCGGGUAACCAGCUGAUGCUCAUUGGUUCUCUUGUUCAUGAGCUCUUUCAAGAGGUGGUGAAGAAGAAAAUCAAGUCCAGGGACCAGUUGGAGCAUCUAGUAAGAGAACUAAUGUCACAGCCAAAGAUGCUGCAGGAAAUGUAUGGACUUGGAGUAGCGGAGUCACAUAUAUAUGAGGAAAUGAAUAACUUCAUCCCACACAUUCACACUUGGUCUCAGAGAUACCUGGGCAGUGGAAAAGCAAUAGGGGAUAAGGUUGGAUUAAAAGGUCAGUCAAAAAAGCAGUGGUCUGGUCAGAUAACAGAGAUUCAAGAUAUUGAAGAAAAUGUUUGGUCUCCAAAGUUUGGUGUCAAAGGCAAAAUUGACAUGACAGUCAAGACUAAUCAAAGAGGAAUUUCAAAGGUUGUACCACUUGAGUUAAAAACUGGUCGAUCAAGCUUUUCCGCUGAGCACAAAGGGCAGGUAACGCUCUACAGUAUGAUGAGUGCAGACAGAAGGGACGACCCAAGAGCUGGACUGCUACUGUAUCUCAGAGAUGGAGCAAUGGAGGAAGUGCCAGCUGGGGAGAGAGAAAAGCGAGGUCUCAUUCAGCUCCGUAAUGAGAUGAUUUAUUUCCUCACAGCCAAACCCAUGAAACAGGAAGAUGGAGAAUUCAAGCUGCCUUCCCUACCAGAGCCAAUAGACUCUGAGAGAGCAUGUACUAAAUGUGCCCAUCUGCUAACUUGUUCAGUUUACCAGAAGAGUAUUGAAGAAAUUGUCCCAGAGCCUCCUCAUUCCAUGAGUGUACUUGUACCAAGGACUACAUCUCAUCUCUCUCAGGCUCAUUUAGAUUACUUCAGGCACUGGUGUUUACUACUACACCUAGAAAUUGCUGAAGGGAAACGAGCCUCGGCUAUUAGAGCACUCUGGUGCCAGGACCCCAAAAGAAGAGAGGAUGGUGGGGACUGUCUAUCAAUGUUAAUUUUAGAGCGUGGUGUUCCAGUGAACGAAUCAGAGCCAGGAAUUUUUGUCCAUUCCUUUGUCCGAUCUCCCAAGUAUCCUACUAUGACAAGCUUAUCAGCUGUUGGAUUGCAGGCUAGUGAUAAUGUAGUUGUGUCAUCAGAAACUGAAAUCGCUCUCAGUCUGGGAGUUGUAAAGGCUGUACAAGAACAGUCAGUGCAAGUCGUGUUAGAUAGGGAUCUGACAGCUUACUCUACAUGGAGAGAGAAGGUAUUCAGUGUGGAUAGAUGUGAAUACCAAAAUACCAUGAGCAUCAACUUUACCAACUUGGCCAGAUUAUUAUCUGACACCCCACAAGCAGCAAUCCUCAGAGAAUUGAUUGUGGAUAGAAAACCACCAACAUUCAAGAAGGGGCUAGGUGAAGAUGUGGUGAAGAAAGGCAAGAAGAUCCUGCAAAUGCUGAACAAGACCCAACAGCGAGCAGUGUUGAAGACCCUCAUGGCAGAAGACUACAGCCUGCUCAAGGGCUUCCCAGGAACAGGCAAGACCUCUACAAUUGUUCGACUGGUCCAGCUUAUGGUGACUUUAGGUUAUUCUAUCCUUCUCACCAGUUAUACGCAUUCAGCGGUUGAUAACAUUCUUCUGAAACUGAAGGAUUUAGAAGUUGAUUUUCUUCGUCUUGGGAGAACUGCACGUAUUCAUCCAGACAUACAGACACAUGCAGAUGAAACAGCUGCAAGAAAAUUCAAAGAUGUUGCCUCACUUUCCCAGUUUUACUUUUCAAAGAAGGUGAUUGCUACAACCUGUCUAGGACUCAAUCAUGUGAUUUUCACCAAGAGGACCUUUGAUUUCUGCAUUAUUGAUGAAGCAUGUCAGGUGCUUCAAGUUGCUGCCCUCGGACCACUAUUUCAUGCUAAGCGUUUUGUUUUAGUUGGUGACCCCCAGCAGUUGCCUGCAGUUGUGCAGAGUAAACAAGCAAGAAAUCUUGGCAUGUCUGAGUCAUUGUUCAAGCUGUUAGAUGGUCAAGGGGCAACAUCAAGCCUAACAGACCAGUACAGGAUGAACGGUCCAAUAAUGAAGAUUCCAAACGGCCUCAUGUACGACGGCCAGCUCAAGUGUGCCAGUGAGGAAUUGGCCGUUGCAACUGUACACCUUCCCCGUUAUGAGGAUUGUGUGGCAAGCCAGACUAUAAAUACUUGGAUCACAAGAGCAUUGGAUCCAAGUUUAGAGAAUGCAGUGGUGUUCCUAGACACUUGUGGAAUGGCCAAAGAAAGUCAUGACAAGGCCAAUCUGAUCAUCAACACCAGGGAGACCUCUGUUGUUGUUGACUUGCUGCAAGCACUUGUCAAGGUUGGCUUAAGUGAAGAAGAGGUUGGAGUUAUAACACCCUACCGAGCACAAGUAAAACUUAUUCGUGAGUCAGUACUACACAGCGUCACUGGUGGUCACAGGAUAGAAGUCAACACUGUAGAUCAGUACCAGGGACGAGACAAGAGUGUCAUCAUUUAUUCCUGUGUGCGCUCAGGUGUGACCCAGGUUGAGGCUGGAGAAAUUCUUCAAGAUGAGCGACGUCUGAAUGUGGCUGUAACGAGAGCAAAGCAUAAGCUGAUCAUGGUUGGGGAUGUCACAACCUUAAAGCUGUAUACACCCUUUGAGCAACUGAUUGGUCUUUUGGACUCCAGUCAGAUUUACAGUCUAAAACAAGCCAGUGAUAUCCUCUCUUGGACUGACUAAUUUAUAGAACAUUAAUGUAGAUCAGAAGAUCACUGGCGAUUUUGUUUUUUUCACCAAAGUUAAUGUAGUAGUAUAUUUUGUUUUUAUAUAAGAUAUGCCCAGUAUUGUUCAUGAAUACAGAUCUGUAACCUUUUAUUUCAUAUUAUUUAACUUAUUGGUGCUGCUUGAUUGUUUACAUUAUAUUUUUAGGUACAACAUUACAGAAUUUGAAAAUCUCUAUCUAUUUACUUCUUUUUUUUUUCAUAGCUCUCAUGAUUUAACUGUAGCACAGCAAAGGGAUCAUCUUGAACAUAUAAAUUCCUUUCUUUUUUUAUCAUAUAGUAAAGAUGACAUUUUUAACUAAUGUACUUAGAAAUUAAGAUGAGACCCAUUAAUAUACAUAUACAUAUUCUAUUGUAGGUUUCCAUUCUUUGGUCAGAGACAAGAUAGGAACAGUUACAGAGUUAUCUGUAUGUAGGUCUACAUUGCACAUGAAUUUACUUUCUUUUAGCAUGCAUGGUGUAUGAAAAGCCUGUGAUUAAAUACAUGUUGCAGAUGGUAGAAACAAAUUUAAUUUAGCAUUCACUGUGAUCUAUCACCAGCUGUCUUUCAGAUUUUUUUACUGUAAUAUGAAGAGUAUUGAUAUUUUUAUGUCUGAAGGUAUAUUAUAUGUAAAUUCUAUUAAUUAAAAAAAUGAUUGAU